CUUCCCCUCCUCUCCACACCGCUCUCUCCCCCACUUCUCCCCAUUUCCAAAACCUUAUCCUCUCUCUCUCUCUCUCUCUCCACACCAGGAGGCAGCAACAAUGUCUUCCUCAGCAACCUCCCUCCACUUCCUCUCUCUGACCCCCAACUCCCUCCCCCUCUCCUCCUCCAAACCCACCCCCUCUCUCUCCUCCCUCUCUCUCUCCAGACUCCCGAGUCCCAAGUCCCUCCUCUCUCUCCCCUCUCCGUUCCUCCACUUCCCGUCCCGACUCGUCGUCGCGCGAAACGUCUCCGUUUCGUCCGAGUUCGAGCAGGACGAGGAGGAGGUCGCGCUGAGCGACGAGGAGGAACCCAGUUUCUCGCCCGACCUCAAGGUGUUCGUUGGGAACUUGCCGUUUAGCGUUGAUAGUUCCACGCUCUCCGAAGUCUUCGAACGGGCUGGAAAUGUUGAGAUGGUCGAGGUUAUAUAUGACAAAAUAACUGGAAGAAGCCGAGGGUUUGGUUUUGUGACAAUGUCUACGGCUGAGGAGGCUGAGGCAGCUGCUCGGGAACUUAACGGCUAUGAACUUGCUGGAAGGGAAUUGAGGGUGAAUUAUGGGCCUCCUCCUCCGAGGGAAGAAUCUUCUUUUAGGGGGUCCAGGGGUGGGGGAAGUGGGGGAAGUUUUGGUAACACAAAUAGGCUUUACGUGGGCAAUCUUUCAUGGGGUGUUGACGAUUUGACCCUUGAAAACGUGUUUAGUGAGCACGGAAAGGUUAUUGAAGCCAGGGUUAUUUGUGAUAGAGAGAGUGGCAGGUCAAGGGGUUUUGGGUUCGUCACCUAUGGUUCUGCAGAUGAGGUCAGCAGUGCAAUCGAAGCAUUGGAUGGUGCUGACCUAAAGGGCAGGAACAUCCGAGUAAGCUUGGCCGAAGAUCGGUCGAGGCGUCAGUUUUGAGUAUUGGAUCUUUUGAGGUUUUUUUUCCUGCUAAGGACACCUGUAAGGUUUCUGGGGUGAUGCAGUUGCAAUGUGUUUGUUUGUCACUUAAGUUGAAGAAUUUGCUCCUUCCAACUGGGUAGCGGGGUAUUUAAUCUCUGUAUACCGAUUAAAAGGGUCCAUGGAUGCGUUGAAACUUUUGGUGCAUAUGUUCUGAAUGCUACCCGUCCAGGACAGUGAUUGUAAUGUAUCCCUUGGUGCUUUUGGUUACUUCUUGGGCUCUGUGUUUCAUCUAGUGGAGUAGAUCACUGCGUGGUUAUGCACUCAACUUCAUUCGAGAUGAUGUUACGUCAUCUACUCCGAACUGUAGUUUGUAAACAUCUUAAGUGGUCUCAAUUCAUUUGCGAUGAUGUUAUGCCUA